AGAUCUGGUUUCAACUUUCGUCACAAAGAUUUGGCUGUUUGGACUAAUUUCCUUUCGCUUGUCCAAGGAACGAAUCAAAAGUAAAAUUUUAAUGUUACAAAAAAGACAAAUCUUGAGAGGAAAGCUAAAUGAGUGUGGUAUUUCUAAGAAUCCAAGUCGCAAUAUAAAUAUGUGCAAUUAAAUAAAUGAUUAAAAUCGAUUUCAACAAAACCCAGUGCCGUUGUACAAAUUCAAGUAAGAUAUGAAAGGAAGAAAAGUGCUGUGUAUUUCCGCCCGCCAUAGUAGGUCGCUUUAACCACCUCUAAUUUAAUAGUUACAUGUAAUAUAAUCCUGUGAGGAAAUAAAAUGGCAAGUCCAUCUCCUCAAAGUAGUCCAAUGCCACCGCCACAGGCGCCAAGCCCAAUGGGACCUCCAACCCAAAGCCCGGCGCCGCCGCAUUCGCCGCAUAGUCCAUACAACCAACACGUAAAUGGACCACCGUCUUCACAUCCAUCGAGUGGUGGGCCGCCAUCAAUUUCUAACCAUAUGCCUCCUUCCGGAGCUAUAGCAGCCAAUGCUAAUGGUCCACCGGGUGUUUCCCAACAACACCCAGGAUUACCUAGUGGACAUCAAAUGCCACCGCAUAUGGUAGGACCACACAUGUCAGGACCUCCAAGUCACCAGCCCCAUCCACCAGGUCCCAACGGGCAUCCAAAUAUGCCAGGAGGGCCACAGCAUUCCAAUAUAGCAGCCCAAGGACCACCUCAUGGAUAUUUACAACAUCAAAUGGGGCACAUGCCACCUGGCCAGGGUCAACUGCCGAUGGGUGGAGCACCGCCGUCCGGUAACGGUCCUCAAGGUCCUCUAGGCGGACCGAUGCCAAUGGGUGGACCUCCAACGCACGGUGUACAUCCUGGACAGGGUAUGCCACCCGGCGCUCCUGGACAUAUGCCAUCUCAUCACUCAAUGAUGCCGGGUCAAGGGCCUCCACCUCAUGGUGCAAAUACUGGGCCUUAUGGCCAUCCACCACAGGCUGGUUCUACGCCACCUGCCCAAAGUGGCGGUCAACCUACCUCAGGGGGCGCAUCUACAACCGGGCCCAUGCAGCACCCACCUUCAGCUCAGACGCCGCCUCAUGGACAAGGCCCGCCGCAGUCGUCUUCUUCUAAUGGAGCUCCACCAUCCUCUUCACCCAUGCAAGGGUCCCUUCCUGUUACUGGGCCCGACAAUCUAAAUGCUCUUCAACGUGCAAUCGAUUCCAUGGAAGAAAAAGGUCUCCAAGAAGAUCCCCGUUAUUCACAGUUAUUAGCUCUUAGAGCCCGCUCAAAUCCACAAGAUCCUAGUAAAGGACUUUUUUCAAAUACGCAACUCUGUCAGUUGAAAGCACAGAUUUCGGCGUAUCGGAAUCUCGCCAGAAAUCAACCCUUGCCGCCGCAAGUGGCCGCCUUAGCUACGGGCAAACGUACCGGCGAGAGUCCUCCGGAGUGUCCGACCCCGCCCGCGAGCGGCGCGUACGGCGAGGCGCAGGGCGCGGCGGGCAAGCCUCCCGCUGCGCACGGCGGCGCGCCUCCCACCCCGCUGCCCAUGACUGGACAAAUGGCUCCACCUACACAGCACACGCCCCCCCUUGUUAAUCCGCCGGUGGGUGGAGUGCCGCUUCGUGGCCCCGCGCCAUUGCGUCCCUCGGCUCCUGGAGCUCCCGGGACUCCACAAACGCAGCAGCUACCUGGAGCCAAACAAAAUCGUGUGACCACCAUGCCCAAACCUGUCGGAAUCGACCCCGUGCAGAUAUUGAACGAAAGAGAAAACAGGAUUGCAGCACGAAUAGCUCAUCGUAUAGAAAUAUUAUCAAACCUACCCGCCAAUAUGCCUGACGACCUUCGGUUACAAGCUCAAAUCGAGCUCAGAGCACUCCGAGUGAUUAAUUUCCAAAAGCAAUUGCGUUCAGAGAUAUUAGGUCAAGUCCGCCGUGAUACAACCCUAGAGACCGCUGUAAACAUAAAGGCCUAUAAGCGCACUAAACGACAAGGUUUGCGAGAGGCCCGAGCCACUGAGAAACUUGAGAAACAACAAAAACUGGAGGCCGAGAGGAAACGACGACAGAAGCACCAAGAAUUCCUACAAACAGUUCUUCAGCACGUUAAGGAUUUCAAGGAAUAUCACCGUAACAACCUAGCUAAAACAGCACGCAUCAAUAAAUCAAUCAUGAACUAUCACGCUAACGCCGAACGAGAACAGAAGAAAGAACAGGAACGCAUAGAAAAAGAGCGCAUGCGGCGGUUAAUGGCAGAAGACGAAGAAGGUUACCGUAAACUGAUCGAUCAAAAGAAAGACAAAAGAUUGGCGUUCUUAUUGUCACAGACUGAUGAGUAUAUAGCCAGCCUUACCGAGAUGGUCAAGCAGCACAAGCAAGAGCAACGUAAAAAACAACAAGAAGAGGAACGGAGGAAGAGGAAAUCAAGAAAGAAGAAGUUGCUGGAAGGUGGAGAGAUUGACGCUUUGGAUGACAGCUCCCAGACUUCAGACUCAAGAGUCAGCGUCGUGGAUCCUAAGUCUGGCGAAAUACUGAAGGGCGAAGAUGCGCCGCUGCUGUCUCAAUUAAAGGAUUGGAUGGAGACACACCCUGGAUGGGAAGUAAUGUCUGAUUCCGAUGAUUCUGGUGACGACAGCCAAGACGAUGAUGAAAAGAGAAAAGACAGGCACAGAGACGACAGGGGCGAUCGCGAGAAAACCGACGAAGAGAAAGCGCGAGAUAUGAUUAAAAAGGCCAAAGUCGAGGACGAUGAAUAUAAAACUGAGGAACAGACCUACUACAGCAUUGCUCACACAGUUCACGAGUCCGUAACAGAACAAGCUAGUAUUCUAGUGAACGGAAAUCUCAAAGAAUAUCAAAUAAAGGGCUUGGAAUGGUUGGUGUCACUAUUCAACAAUAAUCUUAAUGGAAUUUUGGCCGACGAGAUGGGCCUGGGUAAGACCAUUCAGACUAUUGCACUGGUCACCUACCUCAUGGAAAAGAAGAAAGUGAAUGGACCUUAUCUAAUUAUCGUACCGUUGAGUACUCUUUCAAACUGGGUAUUGGAGUUCGAGAAGUGGGCUCCCACAGUUUCGGUCGUUUCCUACAAGGGCUCUCCGCAGUCGCGUCGCCUGGUGCAAGCUCAGAUGCGAUCCACCAAGUUCAAUGUGCUGCUCACUACCUACGAGUACGUCAUCAAGGAUAAGGGAGUUCUCGCCAAGGUACAAUGGAAGUACAUGAUAAUUGACGAAGGUCAUCGGAUGAAAAAUCAUCACUGCAAACUAACACAAGUACUAAACACUCACUACAUCGCGCCGCACCGUCUGCUCCUGACUGGUACGCCGCUGCAAAACAAACUACCAGAACUCUGGGCACUACUGAACUUCCUAUUGCCAUCUAUAUUUAAGAGCUGUUCUACUUUCGAACAAUGGUUCAACGCUCCGUUUGCAACAACCGGUGAAAAGGUGGAAUUAAAUGAAGAAGAAACAAUUUUAAUUAUUCGUCGUCUGCAUAAAGUAUUACGUCCGUUCUUGUUACGACGACUGAAAAAAGAAGUCGAGAGCCAACUACCUGACAAAGUCGAAUACAUCAUCAAGUGCGACAUGAGUGGGCUACAGAGAGUACUUUACAAACAUAUGCAGUCCAAGGGAGUUUUGCUGACGGAUGGGUCUGAGAAAGGGAACAAAGGAAAGGGUGGCGCUAAAGCUUUGAUGAACACGAUCGUACAGCUCCGGAAGCUGUGUAAUCAUCCCUUCAUGUUCCAGCACAUAGAGGAAAAGUUCUGUGAUCACCUCGGUACUGGUGGCACUGUUGUUUCCGGGCCAGAUCUAUACAGAGCUUCCGGCAAGUUCGAGUUGCUUGACCGGAUAUUGCCGAAGUUGAAAACAACUGGUCACAGGGUGCUUGUGUUCUGUCAGAUGACGCAGUGCAUGACCAUCAUCGAAGAUUACCUUUCAUGGAGAGCUUUCCAAUAUUUGAGAUUGGACGGUAUGACCAAGGCAGAGGAUCGCGGAGAGCUACUGAAGAAAUUUAACGACGCCAAUUCUGAAUAUUUCAUAUUUUUACUGUCGACUCGCGCUGGAGGUCUCGGUCUCAACUUGCAGAGCGCUGAUACUGUUAUCAUUUUCGAUUCGGACUGGAAUCCGCAUCAGGAUCUACAAGCUCAAGAUCGUGCUCAUCGUAUCGGCCAACGGAAUGAAGUACGUGUGCUCCGACUCAUGACCGUCAACUCUGUAGAAGAGAGAAUUUUAGCUGCUGCCAGAUACAAAUUAAACAUGGACGAAAAAGUCAUCCAAGCUGGUAUGUUCGAUCAGAAGUCUACUGGAUCUGAGCGGCAACAGUUUCUGCAAAGUAUUCUGCAUCAAGACGGAGAUGAUGAAGAGGAAGAAAAUGAAGUUCCCGAUGACGAUCUCAUUAAUGCAAUGAUAGCGCGUUCGGAAGAAGAGCUGGAGAUAUUCAAACAAAUUGAUUUGGAACGUAAAAAGACUGAGAAACAUUCAAGGCUUAUCGAGGAGUCAGAGCUGCCAGAUUGGCUCGUGAAGGACGAUGAUGAAGUUGUCUGCAAUAAGGGUCAAGGCUGGAAUUAUUUAGAUGAAGACGAGACCCUCGGACGCGGGUCGAGACAACGCAAGGAAGUUGACUACACGGACUCGCUCACGGAGAAAGAGUGGCUGAAGGCUAUCGAUGAGGAGUUUGAGGAAGAAGAAGAAGAAGAAGACGACGAGGAUGAAGUUCUCGAUAAGAAGAAGAAGAAGGGACGUAAGCGACGACGAAAUCAGGACGAUUCUGACGAAGACGAAGUACCCACAUCAUCCAAGAAGAAAAGCAAAACAGAAAUCAAUCUUCUGAAGAAGAGACUGAAAAAUAUCAUGAAGAAAAUAAUUGAUUAUGCAGAUGAGAAUGGACGAGUUUUGUCUGAACCAUUCAUGAAACUGCCGUCGAGACGUGAGUUACCUGACUACUAUGAUAUUAUCAAGAAACCACUGGACAUCAAGAAAAUCGUUAAUAGGAUUGAAGAGGGCAAGUACAACGAUAUAUCUGAUUUGGAGCGGGACUUUUUCACUUUAUGCGCCAAUGCGCAGACAUACAACGAGGAGGCCUCACUUAUAUACGAAGAUUCCGUAAGACUUCGGAAUUUAUUCAUAGAACUACGACGAAGACACGAAAGUGGACAGAAUUCUGAUGAUUCUGACGAAAAUGAAAAAGAUGAAGAAGAUUCAGAUGGUGAGUUUAAUAGAUCAGUCAAAAUGAAAAUUAAAUUGAAAGGCAAAGGAAAAAAUACCCCUUCCAGGAAAAGGAAACCACGGAAGCACAUCUCGGAUGACGAAUAUUACGAAGAAGAUUGAAUUUGGGUGAAACUAAAUUUAAGAUUCAUUUACAUUCAUUUAAAACUAUUAUUAUAAAUAAAGUAGUAAAUACUGGUUUUAAAAUGUUAUUCACUCAUAUAUCAUUUGAAGUCAGUGCUGGUUUCUUUUCGAUUCUAUUUCACAUAUCCAUGUAGAAAUAAAGCAAAAUGAACAUGUUUCCAUAUCAAAAUAACAGCUUUUUACUAAAUGAAUAUGAAUGAAACACUGUACUGUAUUUAUUAUAUCAAGAAAAAAAAAUGUGUCUGUUUGUUCUUGUCAACUUCCAAACGGCUGGGCCCCUUUUGACGAUUUUCAAUGGCAAACUACUGACUUUAUUAAGAAUAAGUUAAGCUACUUCUAUUUUCAUUAUUAUUUAAAGUUUUUAUUUUAUUUUUAAUACCUGACAAAGCCACAGCCUGGCCGAGUUUAGCUCGUUUGUUAUUAGUAUAGGUUCUAUAUAUCCGUUCGGGCAUAUGAGCAAUACCACCACUAACUUGAGACACUUGUCAAUUGAAAUAGUAAUUGCUACGUUUCAAUACAGGAAUAUUGCUUAACAUUAGAAAUAUGAAAAACAGUGGUAUCAGCUUGUGCGGAUUCAAAACUCAUUACCAGAGGCGGGUUUACUUAAGCAGGUUGUGCAUUGCACACGGACGCUACAUUGUUUAAAGACACCUUUGCUCAUGACCAAUACCUACUACAAACAGAAGUUGUAGGGAAAGUUCGGUACAUAGUGGGGUUACUACCAUGAAGUAACCAUGACGAUGGUGGUAAAUAUAACUGUCUGUCGGAUUAACAGUCGUACAGACUGGUUCUUUGAUAAAUUUUGCUGUACUGUACAAACAUUAAAUAUAACUAGUAAAUAUAUAGUCGAAGUGUGUACUUUUAUUUUACGUUUCCCCACUUAACAACAGUGUAAUAAAGGCUUUUUGUGACUCCGCAUGGCUCCAUAUCAUUAGAUUUAUUUAGGUUAUCUUUCUCCAUCAUCCUUUUCAUAACAAAAACUUAAAGUACUACAAUUUUCGAUUUUCUGGUGUUUAAAAUUGAAAUAAACUAUAUAGUAAGUUUUUGCAUUAAAACUGAAAAUUUUUAAACAAAAAAUUCUUAGACUUUUGUAUCGAUUAAGUUAUCUCCUAUAAUUGAGCUAACAUCCAAAACAUUUAAAUUGUCUACAAAGUCCUUUACAUUACAUACUUAUUUUUAAAUCAUUUUAGUAUUUAAAGUUAGUAGUAAUUGAUAGUGUUUUAAAACUAUGAAGUAUUGUAUUAUUAAAAAUUAGAACUGUGUUAAAAAUAGUUACUGGUGUUUGGAUGUCUUGAGAGUGCACAGGUACGAACCACCACCCUGCCUUUUUCUGCAGUGAAACAGUAAUGUAUUUCGGUUUGAGGGGUGUGACAGCCGUUGUACUAUACUGAGACCUUAGAACUCAUAUCUCAAGGUAGGUGGCGGCAUUUACUUUGUAGAUGUCUAUGGGCUCUAGUAACCACUAAACUAAGGUGGGUGAGCUCGUCCACCCACAUAUGAAUUAUAUAAAUAAAAGGUUGGAAUAGAAUUUGAAAAGUAAUUGAUUUCAUGGCUUUCAUUAUAUGACAAGAAUAUUUCGAUGGUUAUGAUAAUAUUAAUGCAAUUGUGCAUGUUAAUAAUACAUUACAUGAAAAGUAAUCUAAGCAAAAUUGUAUCAUUCUAGGUCUGGUAACUCUUGAAAUUAAUAAACCUUAUUUGUGAAAUUAUUUUUAUUUCUCAUAAUUUUUAAUUUGGUAUGGUUUAUUUUUUAAUCUUGAGUCUUU